AUGAACUCGUAUAAAAGCAUCAACCGUGCGAUCCAAAAGUAUCAUUCGUUUGCGGUCAUCUCACCGGUUCAGAGUGCAUUUAUCAACUAUCUAAUUGCUAUUUUCGUCAACCUUGCGCAGGCGUUCGUUGUGUUAUCCAUGGCAGUGGCCCUCGUUUCCUGUGCGGCAGUCGACGAUUCCAACAAGAAGGAGAAACGCGGCCUCUGGGAGUUGAGCGACGAUCAUAGCGAUUUCGGAUAUGACAGCCACCACCACCACGACCUCUUCGAGGAUGAUCACCACCACGAGCUUAAAACCAUCACCAAGAAAGUCCCGGUACCAUACCCAGUUGAGGUUGAAAAGCACAUUUCCGUUCCAGUGAAGGUCCCAUAUCCGGUGCAUGUCGAAAAGAAGGUCCCAGUCGUUGUGGAGAAGAAGUUCCCGGUCUACGUCGAAAAGAAGGUCCCUGUUCAUGUGGACCGUCCAGUUCCCUACCCAGUCGAGGUGAAAGUCCCCGUUAUCCAGCAGGAAUACGUCGAGGUCCCGAAACCGUACGCAGUUCAUGUUGAGAAGCCAGUUCCAGUGUACGUACAAAAGCCGGUGUACGUCGAGAAGCCAGUUCCGGUGACCGUGCAUAUCAAGGAGCACAAGAAGCACUGGGGUCUGUUUUGA